CGUGUAGGAAAGAUAGUGUGUAUCCGGACGUGGUGGAGGGUGGAUGUUGCUGCUCCUCCAGGCUGUCAUGGUCGUCCCCUGUGUUCUCACUCCUCGUACACGCCUCCGUAUAACGCUACGGGUGUUGAGCCCACGGGAACCUUGUUACAGCGGCCUGGCUGGGGACGUGGAUACAGCGACCGAGUAGUGUACAUCGCGGGACUGUUUUACUUGGCGGUCUUUGGGGGCAAGAGGACCAAAUGGCCGGGGUCAUUAGGGUGAUGUUGGCUACAGUGAUUGUCGCCUCCACCGUCCACUCCCAGGACUGGUCUGAUGGUUGUAUAGUGUCACGUGUUCCGGAUCAGCGUGUACGUGAUCAGACCCUGGACGCAUUGCCGGAGUUCCUGCCAAACAACACUGGGCAAAGUCCUAUUCUGGCCAGUUGGAAACUGUGGCCAGGCUCGGGGAGCGAGUCGGAGGCCAUGACCGCGUCCUGGGGCCUCGGCACCUUGUAUGUCUCCUACAGAAAGUCCAAGAACUCCUCGGACUCUGUGAAUGUAACAGAAUCCCAAAGUCCAGCAGGGUUCUCUAUGGAGAAUGUUGUCAUCAUGAAGAAUUGUACUCAAGGCCAGUCCAUAUGGAUGAUGACGAACAAUAACAAAGUGCGGAAGUUUGAGUUGGACGACUCUGCCACCUUCACCAUUGUGAUGACGGAGGAAGUCCCUCUCCAUGUGACCUUCCACAACAGUUCCUUCACUCUUUGUUACAAGGGCCACCACCGAGAGCCGUGUAAUAAUGCUCGCAAGGGACUGGCGCCUUAUGUUGCUAUGAGGCUCCGGUUUACGCUCGCUGACACCGGCUAUCAGGUCUUCACUAACGGGCAGGUCAUAAGGAAUGAGACAUGGAACAACACUCUCUCCAAGACACUGACCGUCACUUUGUCAGUGGGAGGUACUAUGAAGCCAACCUACCUCAUCCGCCACCACCCGUCUCUCAUCCGCCGACCCGUCCCCCAGGACCCACCAGUGGUGUCUGCUGCUGUGGUGACGCUGUCUGUGAUUGUGGCAGUGCAGGCGAUCAUCCUGCUGUGUCUCCUGUGGCGCUACACUGAUGUCUGUGCGUACCUGACGUGUAAGAGAUCUGGCGUUGGAAGUUUGAGGAUUGAGGGCAACAAGGUGUACCCAGAACACCCCCAACCCCCCAUUACCAGCACCACCAGCAAGGUGGAGCCCCUCCCACUACCACCACCACGACCCGCCAACACACUCGCUGACCCACUACACAAAAUAGCAGAAGAAUCACAUGGCGACUGCGAAGUCGACUAUGUGACCCCGCAAGCCGUCAAACCUUUAGAGGUGGAAAUUCUGAAGCAACAAAAUGUAAUCUUGGGUCAAAUCUCCCACCAGACUUCGCCGUGGUCGACGCCCGCGUCACGCAAGAACUCUGACCAGGCUGCGCCGUGGUCGACACAGACGCACUCCCACAAUCCAGCGUCACGGAAGAACUCUGAAGCCUCGCAUCACACUAUCUCGCGACAGCAGUCAUUAGACACAACACAUAAUUACAACAGCAACUUUAACAACGAGGACGACGAACCCAACUACAUGAACGUUAGGCUUGAGGACGGGGUGGUCCGCCUCCACCGCGAACCGUCUGACAUCUACGACACUGUCGACACCACCUACGACCAGGUUCACGACACAAAGCCUCGUCAUUCAUCUGACAUCUACGACACUGUCGACAACUAUGAUUACUACCACUCGGGUGACAUGAAGUACUAGCAGGCACUUGCUAGCGUGCCAGACUCACUAGCUUUACUUGCUCUCCGUUAGACUAGGCUGCCUAGUUCAGGGCACUAAAAUUACGCAGCCUAGUACAACCUCCGCACACUUCCAGAAAUUUGUUUGUUAUUGGGGUUCCAGUUUCAGGAUAAUAGCCUCAACUUAAACCACUUAUCCCUGGAUACAAAAUGUUCUGUUCACCAUGUAAAUAGCGGAAACAUUGACGAAGAGAACUGCUCAAUAAGACAUAAAAUUUGGUGAAUGUUGAGGCUGGUAAAUGUGAAGAAAAUUUAUACCAGAUAUACUAAGAGAAAUAUUUCUCAUGGUUGAGGGAAAUAGUUGAUCUGUAAAUAUGUAAUGUAAACUUGAGACGAGUUAAGGUCAGAUAUAUGUACUAUUCUCACAUAAAUGUUGAUCUGUAUAUGUAAUGUAAACCUGGGAGGAGUUAAGGUCAGAUAUAUGUACUAUAGCGACAUCAAUGAGAAAAUAUCGAAGCGAUGCGAUGGGAUUAAACUUUCGUCCCAGGCCUCCCCAGAUACGUGUACUCCCCGCUGAACCAUGACAUGCUAAUCGUAUCCCAACCACAAGUAUUUAUUCUUCAGGGCCAGCAUCUGUCUAGUGGCCAUGACGGGGACGGGAAGCCGGCGGCUUAUUAAAGAUACCCCCAGUUUUCCUAAAUAAAAAUUCCAACUGGAUUUUGAACUGCAUUAAGGGCUCCGGCGGGUAGGCCGUUCCACGGGUUUAUAACCCUGUGGGUUAAGAAACAACUGUUCUCAGUCCUACAUUGUGGCUUGUUGAGCUUGACACUGUUGUUCCUUGUUUGUGUUACAUUGUGGCUUGUCACUGUUGUUCCUUGUU